AUGGGAAAAGAAUCGAGCUAUCAAUCGUUGCCGCACAAUUCGUGCACGAAAUGGACUAAAAGCGUAGUGCUCACACUUUGUGCGAGUUUCGUGCUGUGGUCUGCAUGUAAUUCCUCCCAGUGGACCAGAUGGACCGCAGAAGCUCAGUAUUUUGGACCCAAACUGCCGUUCACAACUCUCACCACCCGCAACGUCACAAUUGUGGAUUUCUACGGUCAAACCCAAACAAGCCCGACCGGAAAUCCAGGCUUGUCGUACUACCAGCACCGUAUACAACUUAGGCCCUCGAUCCCUCACACUGUGGCACGGGACGACUUCAACGAAUGGCUACGACUGCAAUCCACAGUGAGUUUUGAAAGGGUGCUUGCUAACAUCGGAGACGUUAACUUGAACCAAUUGCACGAAAAGGACCAAGUGGCUGAAGGUGCUGUUAUCGCAUCGCCAUCAAAGCAGUCUCCUGACUAUUUUUACCAUUGGAUCAGAGACGGGGCAAUAACUGUCAACACCGUCGUUAACAAGAUCUGGGACGACUCACAGGAACCGAAACCAGUUCUUAACUUCACUCUCGUCGGAACUGUGCUCAAGUACCUGAACAAUUCAUUUGUGCUUCAGAGAACAGAUAACCCAUCGGGAUCGCUGGCGCCUGAUUAUAAGGGACUGGGAGAGCCCAAAUGGCUAGUAAACAAUGGCCCUUUCACAGGUAACUGGGGUCGUCCACAAAACGACGGCCCUCCGCUAAGAGUCAUCACUACUUUCAAUUUCGUACAGGUUUUGCACGACCUGGAUCUUACCGUUGAACAAGCCAUCAAACUUUAUCAAGACGCUACCAAAAGUGAUCUGCACUUGGUGUUUGCCAAUGAGAGAGACCUGUACGAUAAAAUUAUCAAGCCGGAUCUGGAAUUUGUGACAUUCAAUUGGAAAUCAGACAGCUUCGAUUUGUGGGAAGAGAUCAAUGGUCAGCAUUUCUUUACUACUUUGGCGCAGUUGAAAGCCGUCAAACUGGGAUGGAACUACUUGGUUAAUGUGCAGCCUGAUUUUGAUGAUAGUUCCAGUUCAUUUGCAGCAGUUCUGCAAAGUAAUGUCGACGACAUACUAAGUUUCCUCAUCGAGGGCGGUGGAUUUAUCAACGCCAACAAAAACCACAUCAUCGAAACACCCGGAAUCCUGGGCAAAAGAUCGGGUCUUGACAUCGCAGUUCUGAUAGGAUCGAUUUUGACGCACGACGAUCGUGGGAAACCAACGUCGAUCGAUAAUAUUCCAUUCGAUGUUGAAGACAGUGGUAUUUUGAACUCUUUGCAUGGACUUGCCAAGCAGAUGGAGGUAUUAUAUCCUGUCAAUCACCAGAGGGCGAAUGUCAAUCUGGGUGUUGCACUUGGGAGAUAUCCUGAAGACGUCUAUGACGGGGUAGGAACUUCUGAAGGUAACCCUUGGUUCCUGGCAACAUCUGCUGCAGCUGAAGUUUUUUACAAGGUUAUAUGGCGUUACUACGCCCUGGAGAAAGACUUGGUGAUUCCUAUGGACGGAUGGAAAUCUGAAUUUUGGAGUCGCGUGUUUGAUAAAAUUGAUUUCACUUCAAAGGACGAGUCUUCUGAAUGGCAACUGGUGAUACCGUAUGGAUCACCCGCUUUCAAACAAACUAUGGUCUCAUUAUUUACAUUGGGAGACUCGUUUCUAGACAAGGUCAGAGAGCAUGUGAGCGCCGACGGCGAAAUGUCCGAACAGCUCAACAGGUACACUGGGUAUCUUCAAGGUGCCAGACAUCUCACAUGGUCUUACGGUGCUUUCUGGAGCUCAAGCCGCUGGCGGGCACAGGUGCUGCAGAAGCUCAAUGGCCAAGAAGACGCAACCUUUUAG